AUGAUGGAGACUGCAGUGCUCGAGAAGACUAUUAUCAAGCUUGGCUCACUGCUCGCACUCGGCUUCGGAGAGGCCGGCGCCAGCAUUGUGGCUGACAACAUGCAGGGCCUCGACUCCGCAGGCGUGAAUGCAAUGGUCCCAGGCAGUCGCGUGGAUUGCAUCAUCGGGUCAGCCUCCAUCCGCGACUUCAGCACGGCCACGGAGGUUCUGCAGGGCAAGGUCAUGACGUUCGUCAACCAAAUUGCAGAGAUCGUUCAUGGCCUCGUUUGCGAGUUCCAUGGCGCUCCCAACAAGAACAGUGGUGAUCGCUUCCUCCUAAUCUGGCGACUUGGAGGCCUGAGCUACGAACAGCAGACGCGGCUCGCCGACAUGGCAGUGGUGUCAUGUGUCAGGAUUUUGGGCUGCACCCAUACCAACAAAACCUUGGCAGAAUACCGCGGGCAUCCUGGUCUCAUCCAAAGACUUGGAGCUCACUGCAGAGUGAACUUGAGCUUUGGUCUUCACCGCGGUUGGGCAAUCGAGGGCGCUGUCGGCAGCGAGUUCAAGAUUGAUGCGUCGUACCUUUCACCGAACGUGAGCAUUGCGGAGACCUUGGAAUUCGCCACGAAGGUGUACCACGUCAGCAUUCUGGCUUCGCAAGAUUGCAUAACAUCGUGCUCCAAGGCAUUAGCACGACAGUGCAGACUCAUAGAUAAGGUCAACAUGAAGGGGUCCAAGACUCCUCUGAGCCUGUAUGUGUACGAUGUGGAGACAGAUCGAGUUCCCGUGCAUGAAUACAGUACGGCGCUGGAGUGGAGUGUGCGGCAGCGCUUCAAAGCACGUCAGCUCUUCGAGGUGGAGAAGACGAAGAAAUUGACGAGCGAGGUCAACAUCGUUGAAGACUUCAUCAACGCUAGUGUCGAUGUUAAAGCUAUGCGAAAGCUCUACACCACUGAGUUCCUGCAGCUCUUCAACAUGGGGUACCAGAACUACUCAGAGGGUGAAUGGCGUGUUGCCCGACGUCUGCUGAAGGCAACACAGGACAUGCUCGGUUUCCAGGAUGGCCCCAGCACGGCUCUCUUAGCUUUCAUGGAGACGCCUUACCAAUUCGAGGCUCCUCCCAAAUGGACAGGUGUUCGAGACGUGAUGCUUGCGGUGACUGCCUUCACGGGUUCAAGUUCAUCUCCGCAUGACUUUCUGGUGCAAAUCCUUCAGGGCAUCUUCCGGCCAAUGGCGAAGGGAGGCAAGAGAGGGAUUGAGAGUGCUGCAGGCCUAAUCGCGAUUGCCGCUGCUGUAUCGGUGCCUGCAGUUGCCCGCGCAGGGCCAUUUGUCAGUUUCUUGUCUGACGUUCUGCCUAUAAAGGAAGCUCAGCGCGCUUUUGCGAGAGCUGACUGGGAGAUCCGAGAUGGUGUGAACCGAGUCACGGAAGUCGUGACCUCUCCCGUCAAACCGCCAGAGGUGCUUGAUGCCACUGGAGCAGAGGCAGCGGUCAUGGCUGCAGGAAUGGCCGCUGCAGAUGCUGCUGGCCUGGACAGGCAGAAGCUCGCGCGUCGUCAGGCAGAACUUGCGGAGCAGGAGCCGAAACGACUUCGAGGGCGGGCAGAAGCUGGCCUUUUCGAGACAGAAAUGCUGGGCUCGGUUACGAUGCACAUGGCUGCAAACUUGGAAAAGCCGGCCUUCCAAGCGUAUUGCAGCUGGAGGGCAUUUGGCGAGGCUCUUCGUGAGAUGAGCACCGCCUCAACUACGAAAUUUAGACGCGUAUUUGGGCAGCAGCUGCUCGCCGGUCGGCUGCGGAUGUUUCCCCCCAAGCCAACGAUCAAAGCAUCACCUGAGCAGGCGACGAUUCUCGUCAAGCAGAUAGAGGCCGCCCUGGUUGCCUUGACCAAUGCCGGAUUGUGCUCGAAAGUAACACCACAAGUGGACGAGGUACUUGUGGAAGUUUGGGGCGAAGGUGGAAGUGAAGAGCUGGUUCUACCGAUAUUGAUUGAAGGUGAUCCGCUGGUGGAUGCGCAGCUCCUUCUGUCUGAGGAGCUUGCACCGCCAGUGCUUCCUGACCCGAUAGUGGCAGUACUUACGGCAUGGCUCGAAGAGGCUGCUGGACCAGGAUAUGCUUCCUUGCAAAACUAUUAUGUGAACUCUCGCUGGCGUGGCAGAAAUGAAUACUCCAACAUGGUGUAUGUUCCAAAGCAGCGCCUUUUCCAACUCACUUUGCAUAGGCCUGGUAAUCGUGUAAGCUGUUCCGGUGAGUCAGUGGGCAAUAGCGUGCUAUGGUGCUGUUCUCUCACUCGGAUCAUGGGACGGCGAAGCCGCUUGGUCAACGCGUGUGUGAAACAGACAACCAAUGAAAGGCAUGAUGAUGGCCCGUUCAUCGACUACAUGUUCCGGGAAGUGGCCCGCCGGGGGCUGUUGCGAGAUGAAGAAGCUGUGGCCAAUUUCACAGCUGACCCACUAUCCUUUGUUCGACGUAUCUUGACAUCUGACUAUGCAGCACAGGCCACGGCUGAUCAGACGCUGGUGCGUGAGCAGCUCAUUUGGAAGAUGACGCAUGUCCUGCGAGCCGAUCAUUCGCCAUCCGCCAGAAAUCAUUGGAAGGUUGUGCAGGAGGUUUACCGAGUCCUGCGUGCAGCAAGAUUGCUGAGAACUAGGGUGAGCUUGCAUCUACUUCAGAAGAACAUCCAGGAGACCAUUGAUAGGAAGGAAGCAAGAAAGCAGGCCGAGACGACAUUCAAUCGGCACAGUCGUUUGAAGGACUUCUGGCCACAGUUCCACAACUCUUCACGGCUGGGUACUCCGUUGGAUGUCAGGAGCUUCACAGCAAGUGACGUCGCUUUGCCAGCGCUGGUACCCAGUCACUUGGGAAAGGCAAAGGCUUCGAAGGCCUCAAAAAGCCUCAAGGAUCUCGAGUGGAAGACUCGCAGUGCCCGCAGCCAUUGCUCUGCAGGUUCCUGGAACUGGCUGCCAGCCGUGACGGAGCCGCCCCUGAACGCAGUCAAGGAUGGUAUUGCGCGGUCUGCAUCAACUUCCAAGAUCAGUCCGGACGCGAAAGACGCGAAGCAAGACGCGGCUUCAAAGGACAUGUGCGGCCUGACCAGUUACGUGCGAGAAAAGGGAGAGAUGUUCCCAAAACUCAUUCCAGACGCCACGACGUUGCCCACAUCAUUGCUUCCAAGCAUUCAGGACAAUCCAAAGGAGUCUGUCCUGCUGUACAAGGGCAAGUUCCAGCGUCCGUGGCAGGUUGGUCAACUUGCAAAACAGUCACUCUCCACAAAGCAAUACCUUAGCGCCUGUAACCGAGAAGGGCUCUUGCCCUCGACAGAUCCCUUCGUCACGGGCCACUCUGACUGCAUAAAUGCCAAGGCUCAGGGCCUUUCAGACCGAGACCUUUUGGCUAUAUGCGAAAUGCUUGACACCGGCUCUCCCGUGCGAGAGUUAGACUUGGAAGGGAAUGCAUCCAUCUCAGAGAAAGCUUUCAUGCAUCUCUUCACUUAUUUUCAAGACUCCACGGAUGGUCAAAGAGAGAGGCCUCGCAAUCGGAACCUCCAGAAGCUGAGUUUGGCCGGUUGCCCCAAUUUGGUGCAAGAUGAGCCCUUUGCAGGCCUCAUUCAGUUGCUGAACUCUGUGAGCAUGCAAAACUUGCUGUCUUUGAACCUGGCGGGUUUGGCGAUUGGCGUGAAUUGGCAGGUUCCCCUUUGCAAAGCUAUUAGAAAUCACAGUUCCCUCAAAACUCUAUCCUUGGCGGACACAGGGCUUGGCACCAGAUCCUCAAGUGAUGAGGACGACAACACGAUGAUUUGCAUUGUGGAGUUGCUUAGCAGUCGAAGUAUAGUGCACUUGGACCUCAGUUGGAACUGCUUCGGUGCGCUUGGAUUCGACUUCCUCGGCCAGAAGUUGAUUGAGUUGGGCACGCUGGAAAAACUGGACCUUGCGAGCUGCUCAACCUUGUCCAAAAAGUCGCCUUGGAGCUCUUCCAUGGUUUACUUGCUUGAGCAUCUGAGUGAAAACACAUCCUUGCAACUCUUGAAUAUUUCAGGGAACUACUUGGACUUUCGAGCAGCACUUCUUCUUGAGGACUCUCUGGAGAACAACACGGUCUUGCGAGAGAUGGACGUGUCACACAACGGUCUCGGCAAUUUGGGGAUUCGCAGCUUGCUACGCUUACUUGCGAGAAAAACAUCAGGCUUGCAAUAUUUCCAUUUCGAGAAUUGCAGCAAAGGCACAGUCGUUGGAGCCCGGACAGAUUUGCAAAUAUUCCGUGCAUCUCGCCCUCAAGGGCGGUACAAGUUUGAUUUGGCACAGCCCUAUCAUCGGACCUUGCUUCGCAUGCUGUACAAAACAGCAGAGCGACUCAAUGUGGCUUUCGACCAAACCUUCCGCGACAUGACUGCUUCCCCGCCUUACAGUCAUGCAUCCAAGAAUUCCAGUGGCAUCUACUCACUACCACAGGCUGGUACUCUUGAGCUGACAUUUACCAUGGAUAAGGUGCUCGAGGACAGAGCUGCCCUGGCAAAGGGCAGUUCAGACUCUUUGGAGUUUAACUCAGUGCUCACGUGCCAUGCCCAGUUGCUGCGGAUCUUGCCCGGCCGCUCAAAGCAAGUUGCGCUGCUGGCUCAAUGGAGGCGGAUGGAAGGCUUGCGAGAGGAGCAAAGCAUCAUGAUUGAUGCUUUGUCCAAAGACUUCCGACUUAGCUUCGCUCAGAUCGCAGUAAUGUGCCAAGACCGGGCUCAGAUUUGGGAUGUUAUGGCAAGCCUUCAGUGCACUCCGCUUGAAAGCCCCUUGCAAGCCUAUUUGGGAAUGCGCCUCAUUCCCAAUUCCUGUGACUAUGUGAGAAUGCUUCAGCGGUCAGCACGGCAAUUCUCGUUCAACGCUGACAAUCCUACUGGUCAUUAUUCUUUGGACAUGUCCAAUCCGGUGGAUUAUGGAGUGGCCGAAAGCCUGGCAAUCCUAGACAACUGGGAGGGCAUUCUGCGAACAAGGGAGGGCGGGACAGACACCUCGCAGCUCGGCAACAACUCUCACGCCCGCAACGUUCAGCAUGCAAAUUGCCCCCUUCCAUGCAGUCUCACAGAUUGGAUUCUCGCAGAAAGCGACAUCCUCGAGCUGGACUACAACAGUUCUCAGCGGCCGAAAGGCGCUGAGCCUGUGAAAGAUGACCAGUUCGAGCUUAUCAUCACGGCUUUGCUCCAGUUUGCACGGUCUCCUUCUCGCUGCCGGCUACAAGCUCUUCUGCAGAUUUCCCACACACUUUACUUGACAUGCUUGCAGCUACGUCAAAUUCUUGACCUCUUCAAAGAUUCAACUACUCGCUGUGAUGCCUUCGCGAUGUUUUACAACCGCAUUGCGGAUAUCCAAUUUGAGAAACUCGUGCGGAUGAGACUAGACGAUGAUGCAUCAACUUCCAUGUUGCAACGGUUAGGCUAUGCCGCAAGCUUCCCCUACCUCCAACCGGAGCAGAUUCACAUUCAGUUGAGCUUCAAGAACUUUGACGAGAGGCUGUUGGUAAGUUCUCUUCUGAAGCUGUCUGGAAAGGAAAGUCCAUCCAACCUGAAGGACCCUUUAUACACUUCCGGAGAAGGCACCGUGGAUCCACUCACGCUCGGAAUUCCUAAGUCUUGGGAACAGAUGUCGAACGUACCAAAGCACGGUGUCUUCGAGGCGGAGUACGUGUGCCGAGCCGACCAGCGCAGCUUCAAGAUGAGGAAAGAUCUUCUCGAGCAGAUGGGAAGCUGGCAAACGGAAAUCGGAGAGGAAGAUGUGUUCCUCUGCAGCUUCACCAGCAAGUUGCCUGCCGAUGUCCUUUUGCUCACAACUUGGAUGAUAGCGAACUGCGAAACUCUUCCAGCUGCAUUCGCACAGAUGAGGCAGGACAAGGACAAGGAUGCCGACGGACAGAUGAGCAGCCGUGAGUUCGAAGAAGGAUGCAAACGAAUGGGAUUUGCCAGAUUCAAAGGGCCGGGGGAGCAGCAUCGUUUCCAGACGGUGUUUCGAUUCAUUGAUGUUCGUUCGGAAGGCAAGAUUUCGCUGAAAGAUUGGGAUGCUCUGAGAUAUGUGGAGCAGGAUCUGAAAUUAUGCAUUGGGGAGACGAUGCUAUGUUGUCGACGGCUCUUUGGUGACGUGGCAAGUUCUUGGGCUGCGCUUAGUGACGGCACUGCCACGAUGACGCUGGAGGAAUGGCAAGAAGCUUGGGAUACGCUGGGCUAUUUUGGUCCGGUUGCGCAAGUCUUUGCGUUUUUGGACAAAGAUGGUUCUGGCAGCUGCAGCAGCACUGCCUUUGAGCAGCUGUCAAAGCAUGAGGUGCCGUUGCAGGACAUGCUGGGCGGAGCGAAACAAGAGUCAUGA